CUGUUUGCUAGCCCGUAGUGGAAUUUAUUUUAGUAUGAUCGUAAGUCAAAUAUUAAGAUUUGCCUUAAUAUUUGUCUUUAUCAUAGCUUGAGUGUAAUGUGCCAAAAAUAAAAACAAUUGUGAAAAUGAUCGAAAAGAUUUUCACGGAUAAAGAGUCGGAGUGAGACCUCUUCUUUGGUUUAAAUUUCCAGGCGUUAACAACAAGCAGAAAGCAGAGACUGUGGAGAAAAGCUUUCUAAUCUUUGAUUUGUUAAAAAUAGAAUCGUAAGCCUUUAAUUUUAUCCCAUAUAUGUACAAAACAGACAUGUCGGUUAAUUUCUGUUAAAAUCUCCUGGUGUGUGUCACUUUGAAACCGUUUAGCUUGUAUUAUUUACCGUUAGCUUAGCUUCCAAGGUUAGCUAUGUUUACAGAGCUCAACAGCAUCCUGAACGCCACUCCAGACAGCUUCACUCAGGGGGAAUUUAUUUUAGUGUCUGACAGACAGAGUGAUGCCUCUUUCCUCAUUCACCACUUCCUGUCUUUCUACCUGCGAGCGCGAUGCAAAGUGUGCUUUCUGGGUCUGGUGCAGUCCUUCAGUCACUACAGUGCAAUCAGUCAAAGACUGGGUGUAAGUUUAACACAGGCAAGGGAAAGGGGUCAGCUGAUUUUCCUAGAGGGCCUUAAGGAGUCGCUAUCUAUUUUGAUUCCUCAAGAAACCACAACAGAAAGUCAAGCCAUGGACUUCCUCAGAGAUCCUACCGUUGGCCUGCAGAGGCUGUAUGAGUUUGUGCGGUCAAGUGUGAGCAGUGAUGGUGGUGGGGAGGAAGGGGUGGAAGAGUGGGGUCCUCCCGUUUUGCUGGUGGAUGACGUCAGUGUGCUUUUGAGUCUGGGGGUCAGCGCUGGAGCCGCGCUGGACUUCAGCCACUACUGCAGAGCCACAGUCUGCUCUCAGCUACAGGGGAACAUAGUGAUGCUGGUACGCUGUCAUGGAGAAGAAGCGGAGGAUGAUGGAAGUGAUGAGGGAUCAGAGUGGCUCCUCAAGGGCCUGACCCACCAGUGCAGCCUCACUCUUCAUGUACAGGGUCUCCCAACUGGCUACUGCAGGGACAUACACGGUCAGGUGGAGGUUUGUUGGAGGAGGAGACGAGGCGAUGGGCAGCACACACAGAAGAAGCUUUUUCAGUACAAGGUCCACGAUAAAGGAGCCUCCUUCUUUGCUCCUGGGACAUCCAGCGCUGUUCUCUAGUUAUACCCUUAGACACAUUUAGUCUCUUUUACGUGACAACAGACCAACCACUGUUAUGUUUUCAUGUUGCGCAAAUAGCAAAUGCUGCCAAAGUGGUUGGUGAAUUGGCCAUGGCUGGUCACUGCUGUCAGCAAACAGUGUCUGGAUCCCAAACCUUGUGAUGGAAGGACAUUGUGAUCCAAUUCCAGACCUCUGAAUCUCCAGAGGACAGCGUUAUUAUCAUGCUGACUCGUGAUGUUGUCAUUAUUUGGUCGAUUUCAGUGGACGACUCAACAAAAUACUCAGAAUGCAGGAUUGCUGGUGGUUUGAAAGAAUCGUGUUAAUGAAUAAAAGUAUUAUUCACAGAACAGUUUUGUGGAGCCGUGUUGCCAAUGAAUGUUAAUAUAAUAAAAUCGAAUUCAUUUUUUCUUAUUUAAAUGCACACAUUUUACAACAACAGUUGUCUCAGGGUACAUUACAUUGUAAGAAAAACACAUAAGUAAAAUGUGUUUGGAGAGAAACCAAGCCUACCUCAUGAGUAAGCACUUAAAAACAGAAAACUCAAAUUUUACUGGAAAAAUCCUCUGGCAGAAACAUACCUAGGGAGGUAAUCCACCUCUGAAGGCAGACACCUGGAGAUAGGUACAGGUGGGAAUAGUUAACAAUGACUAAAGCCCAAAUGAGCCCAAAGAGUAAGAAGAAACAAUCUUAAUUCAGUCUAAUAGUGGUACUUGAAUGCCUGGAGUAUCCUCAGUGGUCACCUAAGUAGAGAGGGUGUCACUUGAACCCAAAAUGGAAAGCGCUCCAUCACAUCCUAAUUUUUAAAACUUGUAGUUGUGAGGAAAAGUGGUCUGUUGGGAUAGUAUGGAACUACGUGGUCUUCAAAAUAUGAUGGACCUAAUUAAGCGCUGUAUAAGUGACGAGGAUUUAACAGGGAGUCAAUGAACAGAAUAUUAGAGAGUUAUGAGCCUCCUUUGUUCAUAUUAGUACUCUUGAUUCCUUCAGCAUUUUGGAUGAAUUGAAAGGUCUUCAAAGAUAUCAGGGCAUCCUGAUAAGAAUUCUUCUGACUACUUCCUUUAGUGUUCAGCACAGCAGAUCAUCUGCCUCGAUCUCACCCUAUACCUAGAGUCCUCUCCUGCCACACAAACCCUCUGCUUGUCCUCCUUCACUACAUCCAUGAAUCUUCUCUGUGGUCUUCCUGUUUUGCUCCCUCAUCCUUGGAAGCUCCAUAGUCAGUAUCCCUUGUCCAAUAUAGCCACUAUCCCUCCUUCUCAAGCUUGUCCCUCUAACUCUGACUACAACCCGAUCUGUCUCUCUUAUGUACUUAUUCCCGGCACCUUCAGCCCUGCUUUCUGUCUUUUCAGUGCAACCGUCUCUGACCCAUACAUAAAAGCAAGUUUCACUAUAAUAAUAAAUUACAAUAAUCUAGCCUAGAAGCCACAGACACGUAGACUCAAACAGGAAAUUGGUUCCUAAAUUUGCACAGGAUGCCUAAAGAGUCGCCAUCAUAUCCACUAGAUGUCCCCACUGUAACAGCGUGCAAGUUGAGAGGUCGAAGGGGAGAGGUUUCAUUGGGAUAUGACAGCAAGUAACUGCUGAGACGGUGCGUCUAUAUGUUGGCGUUUAAUGGGAGGCAUAUGCGUUAGCAUUUAGUAAAAUCUGGAACCGAAGGACUAGAGCGAUUGCUUACCAGUUCAACUACAACAACAACAGCAUCAUUAGGAGGGACUCUGAAAUUUGUCCAG